AUGUCGGAAGCAGUGUGGCAGUGCUCCAGGCCGUACCUCUCUUGGGAGGAGACCUGCUCGAGCCAGAUAGUUGUGACCACCUUCAGCAUGGCCCGGACUUUGCGUCGAUGGGUGGACUUUGACGAGAACCUUUUCACACAUAUCUUCAUCGACGAGGGUGGCCAGGCUACGGAGCCGGAGGCCUUGCAGGCAGUUGCAUGCGCUGGCCCCCACACCUGUCUGAUCAUUGCUGGUGAUCACAAGCAGAUGCACUCGGCCUCGAGCUCCCUCUUCGCCGAGGAGUGCGGCCAAGAGGUUCAGUCGCUGCUGCGCCGACCAGUCUUUUACGAACGCGACAUCAGCGCCCAAACUUUCCGGGGGCCUUGUCGGGGCCACUUCCGGCCUUUGCAUUUUAUCCAUGUGGAGGCUGCAGAAGCGCAUCUUGGACAAGAUUCCUACGGAUGCUCGAACGAGGCCGAGGUCGCCAAGGUGAUGGAGGUAGCCGAGUCUCUGCACAGCGGCGGUGAGAAGAACGUCGGCGUCAUCUCUUCCGAGCUUUCGCAGGUAUGGUUGCUCCAGCGGAGAAGGCGGUCUCACAAUGUCGGGUAUCUGGAUGUUCAGCGGAUCCUGCAUCCCGCCCGCUUUUGA